GAUAAGGCUUACAAGGUUGUGAUUGUGAGCUAAUUGCAAUUGCAAUGCAGGCACUGGUUCAUUGUUCCGCUUUGCAUCCAAUUUUGCUUCCUCAAAAUCACUGCAAAACACCACAACAAGAACCACACCAACUUCACGCUCUGUAUAUCAAAAGAGGCAUUUUGAACCACCCUGAUGUAUCUUCUCGCCUUUUAGCUCUCUACGCUGACCCCAAAAUGAACGACCUCCAACUUGCUCGUUCCGUCUUCGACAGCAUGCAACGACCCACUUUGAUUUCAUGGAACUUGAUCAUCAAGUGCUACGUUGACAACCAUCGUUCAAACGAUGCCCUUGUUCUGUUUCGCGAAAUGGUUCACGACCUCCUUCCGGAUGGUUUCACGCUGCCAUGCGUGAUCAAGGGUUGUGCUCGCUUGAACGCCAUUCACGAAGGAAACCAGGUUCAUGGGUUGGUUUUGAAAACUGGGUUUGGUUCGGAUAAGUUUGUGCAGAGUAGUUUGGUCAGUAUGUAUGCUAAAUGGGGUGAGAUGGGUUUGGCUAGAAAAGUGUUUGAUCGCGUGGUUGAUAAAGAUAUAGUGUCAUGGAAUUCUUUGAUUGAUGGUUAUGCGAGAAAUGGAGAUGUUGAAGUGGCAAUGAUGCUGUUCGAUGAAAUUCCCAGCAGGGAUGCUUUUACCUGGACUGCUUUGGUUGAUGGGUUAUCCAAAUGUGGCAAGGUUGAGGCUGCAAGACAGAUAUUUGAUCAAAUGCCUAAUAAGAGUUUGGUUUCUUGGAAUGCCAUGAUUAACGGGUAUAUGAAGUCUGGUGAAAUCAAUUUGGCCAUUCAAUUGUUUCACCAGAUGCCAAUGAGGAAUCUAAUAAGUUGGAAUUCCAUGAUAGCCGGAUACCAGCUCAAUGGGUGGUUUUUCCAAGCUUUAGAAUUGUUUGAAGAAUUGUUGAAAGAGGGACUCAUGCCCACCCAUGUUACAUUACUCAGUGCUCUUUCCGCAGUUUCUGGUUUAGCUGUUAUUGGUAAUGGAAGAUGGAUUCAUUCGUUUAUGGUUAAGCAUGGCUUUGAAUUAGAUGGUUUACUUGGUACAUCGCUGAUAGAAAUGUAUUCUAAGUGUGGCAGCAUUGAGAGUGCUAUGGCCGUUUUCAAUGCAAUAGCCAACAAGAAAUUGGGGCAUUGGACAGCUAUAAUUGUGGGCUUAGGAAUGCAUGGUUUGGCUGAUGAAGCUCUUGAACUUUUUCUGGAAAUGCGCAGAAUUGGAAUGAAACCACAUGCUAUAACUUUCAUUGGGUUGUUAAAUGCUUGUAGUCAUGCAGGCUUGGUAGAUGAGGGAAGCCGAAUUUUUCAUAUGAUGAUAAAUGAAUAUAAAAUUGAGCCCACAGUUGAACAUUAUGGUUGCUAUACUGACAUUUUAUCCAGAGCUGGGUAUCUUGAACAGGCUAAAAAUAUCAUUGAGAGCAUGCCAGUGAGACCUAACAAAUUCAUUUGGAUGAGCUUACUUGGUGGUUCUAGGAACCAUGGAAACUUGGAAAUUGGUGAAUAUGCAGCCCAUAAUUUGAUCGAGGCGGAUCCAGAUGCUACUGGAUGCUAUACUGUACUUUCUAACAUGUAUGCUGCAGCUGGUAAGUGGGAUAAAGUUUCACAUGUAAGAGAAAUAAUGAAGAAGAGAGGAGUAAUAAAGGAUGCUGGAUGCAGCUUCAUUGAGCACAAAGGUCAACUUCAUCGGUUUAUUGUGGGUGAUAAAUCACAUCCCGAAACCGAGGGUAUAUAUGCUAAGUUGAGGGAGAUGAGAGAGAAACUGAAACUGGCGGGACAUGUUCCUGACACAAGCCAAGUUCUGCUAAAUAUUGAAGGGGAGAAAGAAAAAGAAUCUGAAUUAGAGAACCAUAGUGAGAGGUUGGCCAUCUCUUUUGGUCUCAGCAAUAUGGAAGGCAGAACCCCUAUUCGCAUUAUAAAAAACCUUCGAGUCUGUAAUGAUUGCCAUGUAGUAACUAAACUCCUCUCUGCUAUAUACGAUCGGGAAAUUAUAGUGAGAGAUAAUAGGCGCUUCCAUCAUUUCAAAAAUGGAUUAUGCUCUUGCAAUGACUUUUGGUGACUGCCUUUCCAUUACUACAUUCGCAUGUCAUGGAUCCUUGUGCAGCUUUUGACACACAUCUAUAGAGCUUCCCAACCUCCCCGCCGAGGUUUCUGCAUUUUGAGACUGAUCUUGAAGUUUAAGCAAACGAUCUAACAUUGAUUGUCAAACACGUGAUAACAGAGUGGAGGCCUUGAACUUGGUUGCAAUGUUUGAACAAAUUAACAUUUGAGGAAGGGUGGCUCAGCUUAUGCGAAAACUAGAAAACCAG